GCCGCCGGGAUGUAUAUGGCGCUGACGACUCGCGGAAAAUAGGCGCGGCAUUGCCUCAGUGCGCACGCGCACACGCCAGUUUUCCCCAGAGAGACGUCGCGAGAAUUCCAGGUCGGAUCUCUCGCGGGAUUUCGCUGACUAGUUCUCGCGGUAGCAGGUGCGCGGCUCUGCCAUGGCUGCGGCUCUGAUGGCGACGAGGCAGCUGUGGAGAGCGGCCCUACUGGCGCCCCGCCUGGUGCCGGGAGCCGAGCGCCGGACCCUGACGUCCCACACCCCCAUCCCUCCUCCCGCGAAGUACGGGGGGCGUCACACCGUGACCAUGAUCCCGGGCGAUGGCAUCGGGCCGGAGCUGAUGCUGCACGUGAAGGAGGUGUUCAGGCAGGCCUGCGUCCCGGUGGAUUUUGAGGAGGUGCGGGUGAGCUCGGAGGCGGCGGAGGAUGAUAUUCAGAACGCGAUCAUGGCCAUCCGGCGAAACCGCGUCGCCCUGAAGGGAAACAUUGAGACCAACCACAACCUGCCCCCGUCCCACAAAUCCCGGAAUAACAUCCUGCGCACCAGCCGGGAUCUCUACGCCAACGUGAUUCACUGCCAGAGCCUCCCGCGGGUGCUGACGCGGCACCGGGACAUCGACAUCCUCAUCGUCCGCGAGAACACGGAGGGCGAGUACAGCAGCCUGGAGCACGAGGAAGCUGGGCGACGGGCUCUUCCUGCAGUGCUGCCGGGAGGUGGCGGGCGGCUACCCGGAGCUCACCUUCGAGAGCAUGAUCGUGGACAACACCACCAUGCAGCUGGUGUCCCGCCCCCAGCAGUUCGACGUCAUGGUGAUGCCCAAUCUCUACGGGAACAUCGUGAACAACGUGUGCGCGGGGCUGGUCGGGGGCCCGGGGCUGGUGCCCGGCGCCAACUACGGGAGGGACUUCGCCGUCUUCGAGACCGCCACGCGGACCACGGGAAGAGCAUCGCCCAGAAGAACGUCGCCAACCCCACAGCCACCCUGCUGGCCGCCUGCAUGAUGCUGGACCACCUCCGGCUGCACAGCUUCGCCACCACCAUCCGCCAGGCAGUGCUGGCCUCCCUGGACGACGAGGCGACCCACACGCCGGACAUCGGGGGCCAGGGCACCACGUCGGGGGCCGUCCAGUCCAUCCUGCGUCACGUCCGCUCGGCCAGCGGCUGGAGCCAGUGCAGCUAGGGCCGGGGGGAGGACCCCACUCUCAGGCCAAGGGGCCGCGCAGGCCCGUGCCCCCGAGCUGGGCGAUCCAUGGGGCGGGCCCAUAGCCCCCCGCCCCCACGUCCAUGUCACUGCUGCUGUGUGCGGCGCCGUGGGGCCAGCGCCCCCCACGGGGAAUAAAUGUCUGUCUGUCUGUCUG